CCAGGCGAAGGAGGCAGAUGCAACAAGUGUCUAUCCGAAGAGGAGGAGAGCAACGCAACGCAACGCGGCGCGGCAGAAUGGAGGUGCUCUCAGUGGACUUACCGAAACGCCUCUCCUCUUCGUCCUCUUGGUCUCAGCAAGAAAUAGCGCUCAAGAUCCAACAAACGCACAAGCUGACCAUCCACAUGCAGGAUGGCUCACAACAGCUGCUGACUGACUACGUGAGUUCUGAGAGUGCUCAAGCGAGAUCAUUAGAGGCGUUUCACCAGGGGAAGCCCUUUGGGGAUCCUAGCUUUAACCCUGCCAUCCAGUCCUUCGAAGGGCUGCCACGGCCCCCCAUUUCUACCCAGGCCUGGCUGGACCUCAGCGAUGCAGAGCGGCUGCAACAGAAUGCCACAGUCUUCUCCAAUUUCCCAGAGUUCCUGACACUUGUGAGGCGCCAGCAGGCCAACCUCAACCCGCAGGCUGUAGAGUUGCUUCGCCAGCUCGAUUCGGCCAGCGCACAGUGCUUCGGCCUGGUGAGCAACCUUCAAUCCAUCAUGGCCUCCCUGGGCAUUGCACCUGGUCCAGCAAUGCCCACUAAGCUACCAGCGACUGGCAGCGCCUUCCUCAUGAAACUCACCGGCUACAGCAUUUGCCGGCUCUACCAGGGCUGGACCAACUGUUGUCAAAAGGCCAUGGCCCUGCUGGUUACCAAAUACCCUGUCUGAACAUGGUCCCUCACUAUUACUCUUAAGUAUCUAUCUACAGCCAAUGGGAGUAGAGGGAGUUACAUAGCAUGUCCUGCCCCAGUUGCCUACCAGUAGUGUCUGCAGGGAUAGAAAAUCGGAGGAUGAUUACUUUUCCCCCCCCUCUACCCAGUGAUAGGCUGAAGAAAUAAAAUGCCCUUUCCUUUUGGAAAAGUUUUCUUCCCUCUUCAAAUCUGAAAGCCCACACUGGUGCAACAUCUUGCCUGUCUCCUUUCUCUUCUCUUAUUUUUCCCCUCCUUUUAAAUUCAAGCACACUGACAGGGGGAAACGUUUGCAGGAGGAAGAAGGGGCAUGUAUCCACGUUUUGGCAGGGCCCGGCAGCCUUAUUGCAGGAUAGGAGGGCCUGAAGAGGAUGGUGGCCAUUUUGAAAAGGGUGUUCGCCCACUCCCACAGCAUCCAUUUCAAGAGGGGGCCCUUUUCUCUCUGAAUGCAGAAAAGGAAGAGGAGCAGCUCCGUUCUUGAGGGCAGGCUGGUGUGGGAAAUGGAAUUAGUUUGACUUCUAAAAUGAAGAAUGGAGCCAAGGUGUCUGGUUUCGAUCUGUCAGAAGUGUUCAAACACGUUUGGGCUUCCUGCAGCGAAAGAGGCUGAACUUUCUGCAUAAUGCUGAACGCCACAAGAAACCGGCCCUCAGUUUUAAAAACACUCGAGCAACUUCCUGUCCAUUUGUUGAUACUGAGCGACUAUUUGGGCGAGGACACAGGAAAGUUGCCGCUCUUUCCAACAUAGGCUGUGUUUCUUUUGGCCUGUGUGUGGCAGACACAGAAAUUCAACAGGUGCAGCCACUGCAGUCUUGGAAAGAGUUACAGGGGAAGCACAUAUCUUAUUGAACCUCUGCCUAUCAGGCUUGCUAAAGGUACAGAGCUGGGGCGGGGAGAGAGUGAAUAAGGUCUUCCUUAUGACCGGGGAAGCCAGGGCAUUGUUUCCAUUUAAUUUGAAUCUCACUCCUAGGUUUUCGGGGAAACACUUCGUCAGCUCCUUCACCCCUCUCAACACUGAACUAACUCAGAAUUCCUUUAUCUGUUGGAGAUAUGCCCUAAUAGCCUCUUUGUCCUACAUGAUCCCAACCUCUAACCCUUUCCCUCACCUGCACAGACUCCGUUUCUUUGACACUGGUUUUGGGUUUCUUUUUCUGUAGGGCACACAUUCCUGCUUUAGUGAUGUUCGUUUCUACUGUAUGCUUUUUUAUAUACAUUAAUAUAUAUGGAUGUACAUUAAGU